AUGUCGGAGACCUUUCAAUCAACCUUUGGACAGCAGAUCUUCACCGACGUAUCUGCGAGUGGGAAUUCGUCUGGACGUGAUCGUUUCGAGAUGCUGGACGCAACUCAAUUUUACCAUCAAGACCGCGACUAUCAAGCCCCAGGAUCGCUACGUCUGUCAGGACAGGAUAGUAGCUAUGCACAGGGCCACCUGUUCGCAUAUGCGUCGCACAGCGGCCCGCCAUCGCUCCCAAGCCUGCACACGAUGCCUUCCAUGUCGACACACCUCCCGUCACAGUAUGACCAAGAUGUCAGCAUCCUCGAUGACCUUCAAGGCUUCUCCCCGGUUACGGCUGCAUACAAUGUGAACGCAUACCGCACUCCCUAUCCUGACAGCAAUGCGACUUCAACGUCAUCAGCUACCAGCCCCGAUCCCCAGGUUGGCAUAAUGCACGACUCGAUUGUUGUCGAGGCUGACGAAGACAAACGGAAACGGAACCAAGCAGCAUCGGCGCGCUUCCGGCAAAAGAAGAAGCAGCGAGAACAGCAGUUAAUGGAGACGAGUAGGGACAUGCAGGAGAAGACCAGGAAGCUGGAGGCUGAGAAUGAGGGGCUGAGGAAGGAAAACAUGUUCUUGAAGAAGCUCCUUGUCGAGAAAGUCGAUCAUUUGAGCGAGGAGGAUAGGGAAAUGCUGCUAAGAGCGACAGGGGAAGCGCUGAAGAAGGCUUCAUGA